AUGUCGACCGGGACCUUGUGUGUGCACGACUCGCGCACCGGCGUGAAGUAUGACAUUCCGAUUCGCCACAAUGCGAUACGUGCCCUUGAUCUGCAGCGCAUUCGGGCCCCGAGUGCUGGGUCCGAUCGAGCUGAUCAGGUCUCUCUUGGGAUACGUGUGCAUGAUCCGGGCUUGCAUAAUACAGCCGCCGUGCUGAUAUACUAUAAACGAAAGCUCUUUGGAUAUGGCCAUCGGUCGUACAAGGGCAUCGAUCCCCGUGUUCGUCCAAUUCGGUUAAUUUUGCAGGAUCUAAAUGAGCUCAGUCCAUUACUCAACCUUGCCGAAGCUAUCGAAGAAGCUGCCUCGACAGACGAGUACUUCAUUAUGAGCCGCUUGUACCCCAAUGCGGACUUAAUGGGAACUUUGUGUUCACCGGCAUGUCAGUCUUUCUGUCGUUUUCUUCCAUGA